AUGGCUCAUGCUGUAAGGCUCAACCUAAGAAUGCAGAAGGAACUGAAGCUCCUGCUAUCAGAUCCACCUCCAGGUGUUUCUCUUUUGCCAAAUUCUGAUGAUGGCUGCUCUACAUCUUCCUUGUCAAAUAUUGAAGCUCGUAAGUUUCCAACAUUAUUCAAUCCCUCCGUUUAUUAUUGGAAACUUGAAAUCGAUAUAGUAGGGAUUCCAUCUAUUGCCAUGCGGCAGUUGAUCCGUACGAAUGUUGUCAUAGGGAUAAAAGGGCCUGAAGGAACUGUAUACGAUAAAGGCAUUUUUCAUGUCAGGGUUCAAAUACCGGAAAGGUGCUUUUCGUUGUUCAAAUUUAUUGUUUUCUUCAGUCUAAGGGAUUUUGUCUGAUAAUAAUCUCAAAAAGUUUGUGCAGGUAUCCCUUCCAGCCACCUAAUGUGACCUUUGUUACACCCGUCUAUCACCCAAACAUAGAUAAUGGAGGACGGAUCUGUCUAGAUAUUCUCAAUUUGCCACCUAAGGUGCAAAUUAAAUGCCUGAAAAUAAUUUCCUUUUUCUAUUAGAACGUUAUUUUAUGAUUUCUGUUUCCUAUUCAUCAGAAAAUCAGUUUAUGAGCGAAGAUAAUAUUUCAGGGAGCAUGGCAACCCUCUCUUAACAUUUCUACCGUGCUAACAAGCAUCGUCAUACUCCUCAGUGAACCUAAUCCUGACGAUGGCCUGAUGUGUGAAACUGUACGUGUACUUUUACAUUUUUAUUAUUCAUCCAAGAACUACCCUAACGCAUUGUUAAUUUUUAUUUUUGGGAUCUACAGAGCAGGGAAUAUAAGUAUAAUAGGCAACAGUUUGACCAAAAAGCUCGAUCUUGGACAGAAAAGUACGCCAAGGUUGGAACUGAUGUUCUCAAAAACUAUGAUGUGGUGAUUGUCUCUUCACAAACCUCUUUGAAUCUUUUUUAUAGAUGUAUUUGUCCACACAUGAUAAGUGGUCUGAUCUCUCUUAGACUGAAAAAGAUAAAGCAGGCCAAAACAAAAAUAAUUUAUGCCAUAAUUUUGUAUGUCAAUCAAUGUAACUGGUAACAAUCAGAGGAGUUUAAUAUAUUUUUAUCCCAAAAUUUGCAACAACCAUCAAUGUGGAAAUCAGUUUUCAUUCGAUAAGCAGUUUUCUUUGAAGAAAUUAAACUAAAAUUUUAGUGUUUAAGUGUUAAUCUCUUAUCAAUCUUUGCUCCGCAGUUGGAAGCUGAAGCAUCAAAUACUAAGGCUGAUAAUAUCCCCCAUGAGAACGAAAGCAGUCAAAAGAAGUGCCGUCUGACUAGUGAAAGGCUACGUCUUCACUCUGUGACAGAUGUAGAAAAGGAAAACACUAGCGACCAAGAGAAAGCUUAUGCUUCCUGUCAAUUAUCUCUGUCCUCCUCCAGAAGCAAUCUUUCUGAGGCAACAAAACCUGUGUCACAUCAGGACAGCAUGAACGGUGCUGAAAUUGUUCCAAUGCAUAAGCACAAGAUGGAUGGUUCACGUGAAAGUGAAGAGGAAGUGUACCGAGGUUCAAAGAUAAUGGAAGCCAUAGUUGUUUCAGACAGUGAAGAAAGUGAAGAAGACAAUAGACCCACAAAAUUUAGGCUGUCUCUUGGACGACAACGAAGGGCGGAGAAGUGGAAAGUAGAAAAAUUAGGACAAUAG